AUGUCAUUUCUACAAAAUCGAGUUGCUUCAAUCGAAAUUGAACACAACUUAUCUAAACCAUUCAAGUUAAAUAGCGGUACUCCACAAGGAUCUCCAUUAUCAUCGUUACUUUAUAUUGUAUACACGGCAGAUUCAAUGAAUGGAAUACCAGAUCACACAGAACAUGGUUUAUUUGCUGACGAUACUGCACUAUGGACAUCGUCAAACACAACAACAAGCCUUAAUAGCAGAUUACAAUAA